CUACAUCUCCGGCGUACUUUCCGUGACUCCCUAAGACCCCAUGUAUCCCGUGGUACAUCUAUUUGCAGACAUGACACUUAUCGUACCUUAUCAUUAUCUCAUGUCACAGGGCAGAAUUCUCAGGCUGCCAUCAGCCAUACUGCUGGAAUUCUCUCGGAACUCCUAUGGAUCAUGAUGUAUGAGGUAUAACUCUUCGAUUAACUGUUACUCUGUUGUACUUACGUUGCCCACUCAUGAGUCAGGUUCCUAUACACGAUACCCCAAUACUCGGCAUGGCUACGCGUCCCAGGGUUUCAAAGGCAAUCGAAUAUGGGAACAUAGCCAACUUUUGGGUUGAAUAUCCCUCCGGUCUUAUGGACCUCACGCGUUCGCAACAUCUCACGACUGAUGGGGUGGAACCAUCCUUGGCGAGCUCGACACAGCUCGACAUCCCUGUAUUUGGCGACCGUACCAUUCGCGUCGACAAGUCCAAGACAGCUGCAGUGAUAAUUGAUAUGCAGAACUUCUUCCUGCAUCCCGAACUCAGAGUGCAUAAAACCGGCUUGGCUUGUGUUGACCCGCUUUUGAAGGUUAUCGGGCCUCUUCGAAAGCAAGGAGUGAAGAUACUUUGGGUGAACUGGGGCCUCACUGAUCAAGAGCUGAAGACCCUUCCCCCUGCUGUGGUCAGGGGAUUUAUGAAAGGAGGGCUCGGAGGGUUCGGCACUGAAAUGCCUGGCAACUUUGGCAGAUUGCUCAUGCGAGACGCUUGCAAUUCGGAGUUGUAUGGCCCUUUGCAAGCAGAGUACUUAAAAGGAAAGAAAGAGGGAACCGACGUUUGGAUUCACAAGAAUAGGAUGAGUGGGAUAUGGGGACAUCAGACAGCGUUGGACCUCUAUCUGAAGGAGAAUGGAAUUACAACAUUAUUAUUUGGAGGUGUAAAUGCCGAUCAGUGCGUUUCGGGCACCUUCAUCGACGCUUACUUCCAAGGCUAUGAUUGUGUAAUGGUUGAGGACAUCACGGCGACAACUUCUCCAGCUGGCGGUCUUGAGAACGUCUUGUACAAUGCUGCAAACUCUCAAGGUUUCGUCACCAAUACGUCCAACAUCAUCAAUGCGAGUGGCUGAUUUUUUUUUCCAUCGCCCACUUUGUUGAGCUCCAUGAGCUAUCCGGUACUAUCUACCUAUCAUACAAGAUCAGCGCACACAAAUUCAAGCUCUUCCUAUCCUCACAAUGUGCCCACGCAUGAAUCGCAACAAAGGACAGAAUUGCCAAAGACGACAAGCACAAUAUACUUCAGGCGGAAAAGUAUGGCAAUUGUUCCAAGUAUCAGCCAGACACUGAACACCAAUGGCAAAAUGAGAUAAGUUAAUAUGAGAUCGUGUUACGAAGCUAUGUGUCUAAGUAUUCAAAUCCAUAUGACCUCCCUGUCAUCAAAACCUACAUCCACUCGCAGCACGCCUCUCUCGAACAGUCUAUCCAGUUUCUGAUUGA